AUCUUCUUCGAGUACUUCCACUUGAACCAUGAUGGAACUGCAUGACAAGAAGAACAGAUAAGUACUCCUCCGUUCCGGAAUAUGCUUGUGCAAAUUUGAUGAUGAUUCUUGUGCUUAUGCAAAUAUGAUGAUGAUGCUUGUGCUUAUGCAAUAUUUGAGUUACUCUAUUUGAGUUAUUUGGAUUAGUUGUAAAUGCGAAUACUUGCGUGCUUCUGGAUAUUUGGACAUCAUGUUUGGAUGUGUAGAUGACUCGGGAAUAACAAAUCAUUGUGGUACUGGUGUGCACGAUGAUGCUUGGUGUUUGUUCAGCAAUGUAGUCUGCCGAGAUAAACAAAAUUCCAGCUAUAUCAAACUGACACAGCCAAACCUGAAUUGAUGUUGUAUUUUCCAGUUACUUCCUCAGUUAGAAAAACAAAGCUGCUUGUAUUAAGAAUUCUCUACUCCAUCUGCAGGAUACAAUCCUUGUAACUAGGCAUAUUGUUAAUUUCGCUUUCAUCAUCACUUGAUAAAGUCUGAAGGAAAGUAGCGAAAUGUCCUGUUGGAGCAGGAUAGAUGAUAACUAAGUGAAAAAUGCUCCUUUGCUUCUAUUGUGAAGUGUACUCCUUGCUUUUUUUUUCCGCUUCAGUAGUUCGGUAGCCCGAGGCUAGCCUAGCCUAGGACUAUUUUGUUCAUCAUGUUCAUAUACACUUGAACUCUUGAUUUUUUAGAUGAACUCGGAGUAACAUUCAGGGGACCUUAGUAAAAUUUGACAAUCUUAGCUCUUUGAUUUUUUAAUGAGGAUUUAUUGUGCCAGAGGUUCCUGUAGAAUUUAACAUGCCGUGCUCUUUCAGUGCUCGUCAACCACCCCUUCUGGUGCUACACGGAGCACACCUUUGAGGGCUGUGAGGAUGUCUCCUGGCUCGCAUCAGAUGUCCCUGGAGCAGGCAGUAGAUGCCUUUGAAAGUCUGGGUGUGUAUCCUGAGAUUGAGCAGUGGCGAAACAACCUCAGGCAGUGGUUUUCUUCAGUUCUGAUGAACCCGCUUGUCCAGAAGAUUAAAUCAAGCCAUAUUCAGGUUAAGCAAACCACAGCUAGUAUUGGGACUUCAGUUAAUGUUAGCCAAGUUGGAAGCGACCUGCCAAGCACAACAUCACCGGCUAGCUUAUCUCCACUUGGUGGGACUAAAGAUUGGCAGCCAACUGUCACUGUUGAUGAGGAUGACAUUCUUAAUCAAUUGCGCGGUGCACUUCUGCAGUCUUGUAAUGCUCCUGUUGAAUAUAACCUUGACGAGCUGGCGCUGCCGGAUGAAGAAGAGCUGGCGCUGCCGGAUGAAGACGAGCUGGCGCUGCCGGAUGAAGACGAGCUGCCGCUGCCGGAUGAAGGAGCGUGGCGCAGCUGGAGGCUGGCGAGCUUGAAUAAGGGAGGCGGGCGGCGGAGCCAGUCCCGAGGCAAGCGGUUCUCGAGGAGGGUGUCGACGAGGAGGAGGCGGGUGGCGAGGCUGUCGCUCCGGCGGUCGUCGAACAGAGGGGCUCGAGGAGAAGCAGGUGGAGGAGGCCGUCGAGCGAGGAGGGAGCCGAGGAGAGCGGGCGAGGCGGGUGGCGGUGCUGCCGCUCCGGCCGGCUCUAGCGGGAGGUGGGCGAGAGAGACCGGGCGGAGGCGCGUGGUGGAGUUGCCGCUCCGGCAGGCUGUCGAGCGAGAAGUGGGCGAGGAGAACAAGGCGGAGGUGCCGGUGGAGCUGCCGCUCCGGCUAUCCGAGCGAGAGUUGGGCGAGGAGAACAUGGCGCGUGGUGGAGCUGCCGCUCCGGCCACGAGCGCGUGGUGGAGCUGCCGCUCCGAGCAAGGUGGAGAGCAUGGCGCGCUCGGGAGGAGCUGGAUCGAUCGAUCGAUCCGGCACUGA